GAAAAAGAAACUUCUUAAUUUUCUGUUUGGCUCCUGAGUCUUGCGAUUCAUUCUCUUCCCUUCCCCCUCUCUUCUUCUCCCCCUUUUUAUUUUUCUCUCACUUUCUCCUGAGUAACUCUCUCGCGCGGCUGCUCGCCAUUCCAAUCCCGUGAUCAAAUUCAAAGUUUUGAUCCUUUAAUUGCUUCGGUUCACAUUUCUGGGUUCGGCUCCCAGCAACGGAGGAGCUGAAAAAAUGGAAUCUCUGUGGUUUGGUGGGGCAAUUUGGGCAAUGCCAUUGCUUUGUUAGGGAUUUCGCUCUCGAGAGAAUUGAACUGGUUCGAAUCGAGAGCCCCUUUUUUAAUUCCCAAAAGAAAGAAAAAAACUCAAUUUUUUCUUCGAUGAAGCGGCGAUGAGGAGAAGAAGAGAGGAAUGGAGAUUAGAUCUGAGAGCGUCGGGUUGAGGUCGGAGAAGCUUGGUGGGUCCAGUCCAGUGAUCCCUAGGAAAAGGUUGCAGGUGUGGUUCAUAAGGGUUUGCUCCAGUAUUCUCGUAUGGACUUGCUUGGUUCAGUUGGUGGCAGUUGGGGAGCUCUGGCACCCUCGUUUCAUCACUAAUUUAACUACUAGAUUCUCUCAGAUCGCCGGGCCUCUUCACGUUCAAGUCGCCGUUCAGCCACCGCCGCCUCUUCCUCCACCCAGAAAUUAUACCAGUAAUGGUUUCCUUAAGGUGUCCUGCAAUGGGGGUUUGAAUCAAAUGCGCUCAGCGAUUUGUGACAUGGUGGCUGUUGCUCGCCUAUUGAACCUUACUUUGGUUGUUCCAGAGCUUGAUAAAACGUCUUUUUGGGCUGACCCCAGUGAUUUUGAAGACAUCUUUGAUGUGAGACAUUUCAUUGACUCGCUGAGAGACGAAGUUCGAAUUGUUAGAAGACUUCCAAAGAGGAUUAGUAAGAAGUAUCGACAUGGAGUAUUGGAGAUGCCACCUGUUAGCUGGUCAAAUGAAAAUUACUACUUACAGCAGGUAAUUUUCCCGAGUUUCCAUUUUCCCUUACCGUUGCACUUUCCUUGGAUUCUUGCACCACAGAUUUUGCCACUUUUCAACAAGUCAAAGGUGUUGCACUUUAAUCGUACAGAUGCACGCUUGGCUAAUAACAUGAUUCCACUUGAACUUCAGAAGCUCCGGUGCCGUGUUAAUUUUCAGGCACUAAAAUUCACUCCUCAAAUUGAGAGUUUGGGGCACAAAUUGGUACACAUUCUUCAUCAAAGGGGACCUUUUAUGGCUUUGCAUCUAAGAUAUGAGAUGGACAUGUUGGCCUUCUCUGGUUGUACCCAUGGUUGUAAACAGGAAGAAGCCGAAGAGCUCAAACGGUUAAGGUAUGCAUAUCCUUGGUGGAGAGAAAAGGAGAUAAACUCUGUGGAGAGAAGAUCCCAAGGUUUAUGCCCUCUAACGCCAGAAGAAGCAGCAUUAGUUUUACAAGCAUUAGGGAUUGACAAGGAAACUCAGAUAUAUGUAGCAGCGGGUGAAAUAUAUGGCAGUGAGCGAAGGCUUGCAGCAUUAAGAGCUGCUUUCCCUCGUAUUGUGAGGAAGGAAACACUAUUAGAUCCAUUGGAGCUGCAGCAGUUCCAGAACCAUUCAUCUCAAAUGGCUGCCCUGGAUUUUAUGGUCUCAGUAGCUAGCAAUACUUUUGUUCCUACAUACGAUGGAAACAUGGCUAAAGUGGUUGAAGGUCAUCGCAGGUAUCUUGGAUUCAAAAAGACUAUCCUGCUUGAUCGAAGAAAACUCGUAGAGCUGCUGAAUUUGCAUCAGAAUGGUACACUCCCAUGGAAUGAAUUCACAGUCGCUGUAAGGGAGGCACAUGAGAAAAGGAUGGGGCAGCCAAUUCGCCGCAGGGUUAUCCCAGACAAGCCAAAGGAGGAGGAUUACUUCUACUCAAACCCUCAAGAGUGUCUUUGUGAGGCAAACAAUUGCGAUGACUUACUUGGCAGGGGUAACUCCAACUCCAGUUCUGUCCCCUGAUGAUGAUGGCAUGGCAUAAGUGUUGUAGCUCAUGACACAUCCAGGAGGGAAGCUCGCAAAGGAGGCGAGGUGUCCCCCUCUCAAUGUUAUGCACAGGCAUUUGGUGGCUUUAAUGGCUGCAAUGAGACUCAGAAGUUUAUACACACAAGUUCAGGCUCUUUGUAAGAAACAGCAAGGAAAAGGUGAUGCCCCAUUUAGUUCCUUUUUUGUUUGUUUUACCUUUGUCGAUAGUUUUUUAUUCUUUUUGUUUUUCCCCACAUUUCCCUAUGGCGAAGAUCACUGAGUGUCUUACCAAAAAAAAAGAUCACUGAGUGUUAGAUAAUAUCACGGUUCCAUAGUUGCAAGUGUAGCAUUCUCAUUUUCCUGCUCAAGAACAUUUGGUUGUAAGCCUCUGGUAGUCACACUGCCCACAUCAAAGAAAAAAGAAUUUCCUUUAGCAUUACAUACAUCGACUUUCGCUCCCACGUUAAAGGUUCUCUCCUCUCUGAUUAAUCAGAAGUUCUGCUGACAAGUAGUGCCCUGAAGAUGAUACCACCUUGGUUUCCGACCAGGCUAGGAUCCUUGAGCCUUAUUUCUUGGUAGUAUUUGAUCUUGCCCAGCUCUUUCUCACGUUGCUUGAAAAAAUCAUCAGUGUGCUGCAAAACCUUCUUCUCUCCGGCUCUUACUCCCACUGCAAUACCUAGUCUUGCACGCAAACCUCCCAUUUCCAUCAGCUUCUCAUCCUGUACUAUGGCGGUGUGAUUCCCAGAAAGAGCAGUUCCGUAGCUAUUUCGAGUCACCCGGCAUAUGAGCUCCAAGCGCAAUGAGGCGCAAGUAUGGAAGCAGUU